AUGGUGGUUUUGGACAUUCUCUCAAAUCUUCAUGUUAAAUCCUUAACAAGCUUCAGCAUCGAGAAAGGCCAAAACUUUACAGUCAAGCACAACAUUCACUUACCCGUUUUCGAGCAUUGUCGCUCUGUUCCUGCAGUUUCUGGUCCUUGUAAUGGAUUGGUGUGUUUAAAAGAGGAUAAGGUUUCCCUUUGGAAUCCUUCAGCUAGGGAGUUAAAAAUUCUUCCUAUAUCCUCUGUCUCCCGCCCUCCUUUAGCAGAUUUCACUAGUUUUGAUUGCCUUGGUUUUGGGUUUGAUUCCCAGAUCGAUGACUAUAAAGUUGUAAGAUUUGUUACUAAUUAUUUUGAACACAAGGAAGAUGUGAGCAGAAUUCCUGAUUGGAAUCACCAGGUUGAGUUAUAUUCCCUUAAAAGUGAUUCAUGGAAGGAAAUUCCAGCUCCUGAUAUUUAUCCUUAUGAUGGUCCUCCUGAGUUCAAUAUUUAUAUAGAUGGAUGUUAUUAUUGGCAGGCAAGUGGGAAUUUUGAUUACCUUUUUCUUUCGUUUCACAUGGUUAAUGAAAAGUUUUCGACUUUACCGUUGCCUGAAUUUGGUAGGUUUUUUGUUGGGCAAGUUUUCGUUUCACAUGGUUAA